AUGAAAGAAGACGUGGCACAGUUUGUGUAUUCUUGUUUAACUUGUCAGAAAUCGAAGAUUGAACACCGGAAGCCUGCAGGGUUGAUGCAACCGUUAGGAAUUCCAGAAUGGAAGUGGGACAAUAUUUCGAUGGAUUUCGUAACGGGGUUGCCUAAAACUGCGAGUGGACACGAUUCGAUAGGGGUGAUUGUUGAUAGGCUUACAAAAUCAGCUUAUUUCAUACCUAUUAAGAUCACGUAUCCAGUAGCAAAGUUAGCCGAGAUCUACGUCAGGAUGGAUGGUCAAACUGAAAGAACUAUUCAGUCUCUAGAGGACUUGUUGAGAGCAUGUGUUCUCAAACAAGGAGGUUCGUGGAGCACUCAUCUUCCGUUGAUCGAGUUUACUUAUAAUAACAGUCAUCAUUAUAGUAUCGGGAUGGCACCUUUUGAAGCGUUGUACGGUCGGAGGUGUAGAACUCCGCUAUGUUGGCACGAAUUCGGCGAAGGCGUAGUACUUGGACCGGAAAUUGUACGAGAAACUAUAGAUAAGAGAGUUGGGACUGUUGCUUAUAGAGUGGCAUUACCGCCUAACCUGUCAAAUUUGCACGAUGUGUUUCAUGUGUCACAACUUCGGAAGUAUGUUCCAGACCCAUCUCACGUGAUUCAUAUGGAUGAUGUGCAAGUGAGAGAGAAUCUUACGGUAGAGACGAUGCCGAUUCGGAUCAUAGAUCGUGAGAAUUAUCCUCUGUCAAUCUUUGAUAGAGGUUUUGGUGUUGAUCUUAUUUGUUUUCCGUUAAGGAAUCUUGAUGUUAUCUUGGGAAUGAAUUGGUUGGAGUUCAAUCUUGUUCCCAUCAAUUUUUAUAAUAAGUCGGUGCGGUUUCUUGCUUCUGAUGAUGAGGAAGAAGUUGGUUUCUUAUCUCCUAAACAAUUGAAGAAGCUUUCGGAAGAGGAUGAUCGGGUGUUUACAUUAUUCGCAUCCUUGUCUGUUGAAAAUCAAGUGGUAAUUGAUGAGUUACAAGUAGUUUGUGAAUUUCCAGAGGUGUUUCCAGAUGAUAUUUCAUAUGUGCCGCUAGAGAGAUAUGAAAUUUACUAUUGA